UGUUGUGUAGUCGGGUUGUUGCCAUGUCCGCCUUUUCCUUUGCGGGUGUGUUUAUGUAGCUUUUAGACGAUGUUUUAUUCCGCCGUUGCCCUGUGUUUUAACUGUAACUCUACAUACAGACUGUAGGAGUUUGUGCUGCUGCAUUUUAGCACGUUUUGUGUUGUUACACUGCGAUAUUUAAGGAACCGAUUUUACGUGGAUUUUCACACAAAGACUUGGCAACCUGGACGUGUUAAAGUGAGCGUUUGUGUUCCAGAGCGAGCGAGCGAGCGAGCGCGCGCGUGUGUAUGAAACGGCUGGAGAAACAAAACCAGGCCUCUUGAUGUCACUAUAAUUCCUACAUUCUCCACUGUAUGCCUGAAUAUCGACAGCUGCCCUCCUCAAGGGUAAUUAACCACCUGAUGAUACAUUUACACACAUCAUAUCCCAUCAGAAGCAGUCGGGCCUUGUUGUGUGUCUGUCUUUCACACAACUCUUACUAGCUCCUGUCAUUGAUGGCAGCUGUUACAAAGGUGAUAGAGAGCAUCGUAAUCCUCGACGAUGACGAUGUGGAGGAGCCUUCAUCGUCGUCAUCUUCUUCCACACAUCCUCGGACGUCGAAGCUCCCGCAGCCACCGCCCACACACAUCCCUGUGUCUCCUUUCGCUUCUGCCAGGAAGGAGAUCCAUGUGCUGAAACUGGAGAACGAGAAGCUCUUUGGCGAGUUUGUGGAUCACUGUGUCGAACACACGCGAGAGCACCCAGAGGUCUUGGACUUCCUGAAGACAAAAUAUUCCAAGUCCUCCCCUGACUUCCUGUUGUCUGUGGAGUUCCGGAACGCCGUGGGUCGCUGCCUGACCCGAGCCCAGAACCAACCUACCAAAACCUUUGUUUACAUCAAUGAGCUCUGUACCAUACUGAAACAACACUCCUCCAAACGGAGGGUCACUAUUCAGUCGCACAACGCCAAAAAGCAGGAGAAAACCAAGCGCCGAGUCCAGGAAGGAAAUCCGAGUGCAGAGGUGAAGGAUGAAGAUGAAGCUGCCUCCAGGCAGAAAGAAGUCGGGGAAGAGGAAAGAAAAACUAAACGAGCCUCCAGGAGACAGAUAGCAUACCUGGAGAACUUGCUGAAGGUUCACAGUGAUGAAAUCAAACGGCUGCAGGAGAGAGAUCUGAGUUUGGAUGAUCUGGAGAAGGAAGACUCGAGCUACAUCCAGGAGCAUAAACUCAAACGCAGAUUGAUGAAGAUCUAUGAUAAACUGUGUGAGCUGAAGAACUGCAGCACUCUCACGGGCAGAGUCAUCGAGCAGAGGAUUCGCUACAACGGCACUCGAUACCCAGAGCUCAACAGGAAGAUUGAGCGAUUCCUAAACAACCCUGAGGUCCAGCAGAACCCUCCGGAUUACAUGGACGUCCUGCAGGUGGUGAAACGCGCCAAUGAGCGCCACCAACUGAUGCUGAGCCGUAAGCUGGAGUCGCAGAUUGCGCAGGAUGCGUUCCGUGAGACAGGCAGCAGGCUGCAGGAGAGACGCCACCUGGACAUGGUCUACAACUUUGGCUCUCACCUGACGGACGCCUACAAACCCACCGCAGAUCCUGCCCUCACCAACCACCUGUUAGCCCAGAAGCUGCGCUCCAACAGAGAGGUGGCUCUCAGCUCCCUAGAGGAGGUCAUCAACAAAUACGCCCACAUACAAGAUGACACCGAGGAGGAGGAGAGGAGAAAACGUCUGGGGAAGGAGAAACAGAAAAAAGAGAGCGAACAGCAGGAGACCGUGAAAACUGAGAACGGUGAGAGGAGUGGGGAGGAACAUGAAAAUGACCAGGAGGCAGAAGAGGAUGAAGCAGCAGAAGAAGAAGAGGAGGAGGAUGAAGAGGAGGAGGAAGACAAUGAUUCUUCAGAUCCUGAUAUUGAGGAGGAGAUCCAGGCCAGUGCAGCACAAGUCAGACCAGAUGAGGAAGAGGAGGAGGAGGAGGAGGAGCAUCUGAGUGUGAUUGAUGACAUUGUGCAGCCCAGCAGUGAGGGCUCGUGUCUGUCAGUUAAAUCACCUGGCUGUGGAGAUGCAGGAGAAAGUGCUGAUGAGGUCCCACAGUUAGACAGCAGGACACAUGGCAGCACUACUACAGAAAAACAUUCUAGUGACAGUUCCUCCUUGUCGUCAGUGAGCCACAGUCACUCAGGUGUCCUGAAACCUCCAUCUGGAGAUGACGAGCUACUCGUUUCUAACAGCUGCCCCAUAGCUGACUCCAACAUCAGCCAAACCACGGAGAUUCCCGAGAUUCCUGACUACUGCAUCAGCACCAUCUCCAUUCUGCCUGAGGUGACUAACGAGACGUGUAACAACAAGAAGAGGAAACGGGAGUCAAAGGAGAACCACGUCGUCCAAAAUGGCAACAUCAGACAGAGCGAAGUGAGUGACCGUGACGUCUCUCCAGAUGUGAAAGUGACCUGUAGCCCUGUGCUGGUGGACUCCACCCGGGCAGACACACCCACUCAGGAUCUGGUCAGCAGCUCUCGCUCUACACCACCCCCUAAAAAACACAAGGUGAACGUUGCGACCCAGUGUGACCCAGAUGAGGUGAUUGUUCUCUCUGAUUCAGACUGAACUGACUGCAGUGCUGUGGGAAGCCAUUUCUCUUUUCCAACCUCAUUGCUUCAAAUCUACAGGUGCACGUCCUGGUCCACGUCCACUUCUGUGUGUCAGAUGGCAUUUUGAAGUGAGAAUUCAGGCUGACUAAAGAAACUCUUUUGUAUUAAGUCAUAUUGUUGCUACACAGUUAGCUUUUAAAUGAACACCGCUAGCUGCACUGCCCGUCUGGCUCAGCUAUACAAUUUCAGGGUAUCUUAAUGUUUGUUUGUUUUUUGUCUAUAGAAUUUGAAUAUUCAUUUUUUGAAAUCUGAUAAAAGUUUGGUCUUUAUACCUGUGUAAUUAAAGUUAAUUAAACAGCAAAGGCCUAAUUUAUUUUUCUGUUGAGUUCCCUUACAAACUCAAUAAAAACCUAUUUUUGUGUA